CCGCUGCCGCCAUGGCCGCCUCCUUGGCCGACGUGGGCUGGAAAAUGCUGGAGCUGCGGGCCCGCGCCAAGCGCUCAGCCUGAGACGUUUGUGGUUAGCUGCAGCAGCUUGAAAUGGCCAGUUUGGAUGCUGACACGGCCGCCUCUGCUCGUGCUUUCUCGUGGUCUGGCUCCGUGUAUGAACCCGUGAAAAGCAUUAACCUUCCAAGGCCAGAUGGAGAGAGUGUGUGGGAUAAGUUGGAUCAUUACUACAGAAUAGUCAAAUCGACAGUGUUGCUGUACCAAAGCCCAACCACUGGUCUCUUUCCCACAAAAACUUUUGGUGACAACCAGAGGGCAAAAGUACAUGACAGUCUGUACUGCGCUGCGUGUGCCUGGGCUUUGGCGCUUGCAUAUCGGCGCAUCGAUGAUGACAAAGGAAGGACCCAUGAGCUGGAGCAUUCUGCUAUAAAAUGCAUGCGAGGGAUUCUCUACUGCUACAUGCGCCAGGCUGAUAAGGUACAACAAUAUAAGCAAGACCCUAAGCCCUCCAAAUGCCUCCAUUCAGUUUUUGGUGCCCACACUGGGGAUGAGGUUUUUUCUCACGAGGAAUACGGACAUCUUCAGAUAAAUGCAGUGUCGCUGUUCCUCCUCUACCUGGUUGAAAUGAUAUCAUCUGGCCUGCAGAUUAUCUACAACACAGAUGAGGUAUCCUUCAUUCAAAACCUCGUGUUUUGCGUGGAAAGAGCAUAUCGUGUCCCAGAUUUUGGUGUGUGGGAAAGAGGAAGCAAAUAUAACAACGGGAGCACUGAACUGCAUUCAAGUUCUGUCGGGUUAGCAAAAGCCGCCUUAGAAGCAAUUAAUGGAUUCAACCUCUUUGGCAAUCAGGGCUGCUCCUGGUCUGUCAUAUUUGUAGAUCUUGAUGCCCACAAUCGGAACAGGCAAACUCUUUGUUCCUUGCUUCCUCGAGAAUCACGAUCUCACAACACCGAUGCUGCUCUCCUGCCCUGUAUUAGCUAUCCUGCGUUUGCCCUGGAUGACGACGCUUUGUACAGCCAAACGAUUGAUAAGGUGGUUAGAAAGCUAAAAGGGAAAUACGGAUUUAAGCGGUUUUUGAGAGAUGGCUAUAGAACCGCACUGGAGGACAAAAAUCGUCAUUACUACAAACCUGCAGAAAUUAAGCUCUUUGAUGGGAUUGAAUGUGAAUUUCCUCUCUUUUUUAUUUUCAUGAUGAUCGAUGGAGUUUUCCGGGGCGACACGGAGCAAGUCAAAGAGUAUGAGAAGCUUCUGGAUCCUUUGUUGCAGCAAUCCCCAGAAGGCUGUCCUGUCGUGCCUAAGUAUUUCUAUGUGCCAGCUGACUUUGUUGAACUGGAAAAGAAAAAUCCCGGCAGUCAGAAACGAUUUCCUAGCAACCACGGGCGGGAUGGAAAGCUCUUUCUGUGGGGACAAGCUCUUUACAUCAUUGCAAAGCUCCUCGUUGACGGUUUAGUAAGCGCAAAAGAUAUCGACCCGGUGAAGCGUUACAUACCUCCCCAAGAUCAACGCAACGUUAGCAUGAGAUACUCAAAUCAGGGUCCUCUAGAAAAUGACUUGGUGAUCCAUGUCGCAUUGAUUGCUGAAAGCCAACGCCUACAGGUUUUCUUGAACACGUAUGGAAUCCAAACGCAGACGCCCCAGCAGGUCGAACCCAUCCAGAUAUGGGCACAGCAGGAGCUCGUAAAGGCUUACUUCCACCUGGGGAUCAAUGAAAAACUGGGCCUCUCGGGAAGACCUGACCGGCCAAUUGGCUGCCUGGGAUCCUCAAAGAUUUAUCGGAUCUUGGGCAAGACUGUUGUUUGCUACCCGAUAAUCUUUGACUUGAGUGAUUUCUACAUGUCCCAAGAUGUUAUGAUGCUGAUUGAUGACAUUAAGAAUGCUUUGCAGUUCAUUAAGCAGUACUGGAAAAUGCACGGCCGUCCCUUAUUCCUCGUGCUUAUCCGGGAGGACAAUAUAAGGGGAAGCAGAUUCAAUCCCAUACUAGACAUGCUGGCUGCUUUUAAGAAAGGAGUUGUUGGAGGAGUGAAGGUUCAUGUUGAUAGGCUGCAGACAUUAAUUUCUGGAGCAGUGGUUGAACAACUGGACUUCCUAAGAAUCAGUGAAACAGAUGAGCCUCCCGAUUUCAAGAGCUUUGAAGAGCUCGACCUUCCGAAGCAUUCAAAAGUCAAGAGACAAACCAGCACACCGAAUGUUACUGAGUUGGAACAGCAGCCAGAUAUUAAUGCGAAUGAUUGGAAAAACAGACCAACUUACGAGAUUCUUCAGAAACUUAAUGACUGCAGCUGCUUAGCAAGCCAAGCCAUUCUGCUGAACAUUUUGCUCAAAAGGGAAGGCCCGAAUUUCAUCACCAAGGAAGGUACGGUCUCCGAUCAUAUUGAAAGAAUCUAUCGAAAAGCUGGCAGCAAAAAGCUCUGGUCUCUUGUACGCUUCGCAGCAAGCCUUUUAUGUAAACUAGUGGACAGCCUUGCACCAUCUAUUACUAAUGUUUUAGUUCAGGGCAAACAGGUGACUCUUGGGGCGUUUGCCCAGGAAGAAGAAAUUAUAUCGAAUCCCUUGUCUCCAGGCGCAAUUAAGAACAUCAUCUACAACAAGUGCAAUUUGCAGGAUGAAAGAGAAGCUGUUCUUCAGCAAGAACUUGUCAUUCACAUUGGCUGGAUCAUCUCCAACUCCCCUGAAUUAUUUAAUGGCAUGCUGAAGAUACGAGUGGGAUGGAUUGUGCACGCCAUGAAGUACGAGCUGAAAAUCCGAGCAGGGGAGAUGGCUCCCAUGGAUGUCUACCAAAUGUCACCCAGUGAAGUGAAACAGCUGCUCCUGGACAUUCUUCAGCCACAGCAGCAAGGGAGAUGCUGGCUGAACAGACGUCAGAUCGAUGGCUCUCUGAACAGGACUCCCAGCGGGUUCUAUGACAGGGUGUGGCAAAUUUUGGAGAGGACCCCUAACGGUUUAAUAGUUGCUGGAAAAUUUUUGCCACAGCAACCGACCUUGUCUGAUAUGACGAUGUAUGAAAUGAACUUUUCCCUUCUGGUUGAGGACAUGUUGCAAAAUAUCGAUCAACCUGAAUACAGGCAAACAAUUGUAGAGUUGUUGAUGGUUGUCUCUGUGAUUCUGGAAAGAAACCCAGAAUUAGAGUUUCAAGAUAAAGUGGACUUGGACAAACUGAUGAAAGAAGCAUUUCUUGAUUUCCAGAAGGACCAGACCAGACUCAAGGGAACUGAGAAGCAGGAUGACAUGACGUCCUUUUACAACACUCCUCCGCUGGGGAAAAGAGGAACCUGCAGCUACCUGACAAAGGCAGUGAUGAACUUAUUGCUGGAAGGGGAAGUGAGACCCUCUGCGGAGGACCCUUGUUCCAUUAGUUAGAGCUGGUGGCGCCCAGUGGAUGAGACACGGCUUGUCCAGGGCCCUGUUGUUUCUUGGCAUGUGCUACUUAAUCGCUGCUCAUAAAGGGGAGACCUAAACCGGUCACUGCAAUGAGUGCAAAUACUUUAGAACAGCAAAGAUCACAGCUGAUGCUGUGGCAGCCGAAAAGCCCGAUUAAUCAAGAAGCAGUGCUCUCCCCCACCCCAGGUUUCCAAUAGCAACCUGCACGUUCCACUCAAACGUUGCAGUUGUACGUUGUCAGAGCAAAUGCAUGAAACGCACUGUAGCACAUACUGAUUGGUUGUGUUAGAAGAAUCAACUGGAUUUGUGAUUUAGUUGAGCCUUGCUUACAAAUGAUCACAAUGACGAAAAUUUAUUAAUUUUACAUUGAACCGAAUGCACGUUGCAGGACUUUUCAGUUCUCACGCUCCAGCCCCGCCCCCAUAAUUUGUGUUGUAAUUCAUUACUGAAUGGCUACGUUAUCAAUACCUAUUGAAAUAUGGACAUAAAUUUUUAAAAAAUCAGUGAUCAUAUGUUUAAUUUUGCAUUAUUUAUUGUUCUGCAGAAGUUCCUGUGACUUUGGACUUGAGUGUUCCAGCAAAACUUAUGAAGUGUUUUAAAAAAAAAACCUACUCUAUUAAAAGUAUAUAACUUUG